AUGAUCAGCGCAGCCACGGAGCUCGACCCUGAGGCCGGGGUCGCUGCAAACCUUGGCAAGACGCGUGUGUAUCAUGCCCGUGGCGGCCCUGCGCCGCCAGGCAUACACGAGCUCGGUGAGACGAUGCAAGACAUGCUGGGCGGCCGAGAGGCUGAUGCUGAGGCUGCGCAGCAUCAAGCCCGGGACAUUGCCUUCCUUCCAGCCUCCCUUGGCGGUCUGGGCCUUUUGCAUGCGGAGCGCAUCUCGCCUGCAGCCUAUGGGGCGGCAUGGGCGGAUGCACUGCCUGUGCUGCAACAGAGGUGUCCCGAAGCGGUCGAGCGUUGCCUGCAAGAGCUCGAGGCCGGUAACCAGGCUGCGGCGCCAAGCCUCCAGGCUGCCGCGGUUGUCAGGGAGGCGAUCGGGCAAGAGGGGCGAGUGGUGCCAUUUACGGGAUGGGCGCGUCGCUGGUGGGGGGCAUUGGCCGUUGCCGUCCAGCGAGCGGCCUGCAGCGCCGUCUUUGGCGUCUGGACGAUGCCCCCGCUGCCUGCAGCUGACGACGUGCCGCUAGCUGAGGUCCUCCAGUACGCGGCGGACACGGCGCCCAGCAGGCUGCCUCUGCGUUGA